AUGAUAUCUUCCAACUAUUUCAAGUUUAUAACCUUUCUAGAUGAGCUUACAGGAGCGUUAAUCACAGUUUUCAUCAUCUUCUCAACCAUAAGAACAUGCAUACGGCUCCCAUUCUCACCCUUGUACUCAAUCGCAAUACAAGCAUCAAUAACAUUCAUCUCCUUCCUCCUAAUAAACUUCAAUUCAAUAAUAAUAUUCCUAAACAAGUUUUUUAUAGUCUCAUAUAAAAGCAAAGGAAGAUUACACACCUCGAGAUUCAUAAAUGACCGCCGUAGAAGGCUAGGUAAGCCGCAAUUUCAUACACAUUUCAAAUAUUCAGUUUCAAAAAAACAAAGCAUACAAAAAAAUAGUAAAUCAUCGCAACCAUCUGAUUUGGAAGAUUCGGAACAGAUUCAAUCAGACAAUUCCAUCGGACUAGGAAGUUCACAGUAUUCAUUCGCGCACAAGUCGUCGUUAUUGCAUUCAUUGACGCUGAGAACCGACAGACCCUUUAUCAAAUAUGGGUCUGAUGAUAUCGGAUAUAAAGAUAAAACAUUAAUGACAAUUGGAGGAAGAGUAUUCAACGUAAGAGGAUCAAUAUCAGAAGAUCAUCCAAAAGAACCGAAAUUUGACAGAUUUGUGAAAUGCUUCCGAGCAUGGUUCAAACUACACCUGGUCAAAACAGUAUUAAUCAGCAAAAUAUGGGUCGUUUCAAGCCUACUAAUAACAUUGUCAUGGUUUGCAGUCUGGGAAUGGGCAGCAAUAUAUAUGAAUAGGGACGAAAAUGACCAUAACCUGUUACACUGGAGAAUGGAUUCAGUACCAAGAGAGUAUUGGCACCUUGAGUCUGCGUUUCAAAUUAUCUUCGGAAUAACAUACAUUAUGAACCUAUACGUAUACCCAUCAAGAUUCAAAUACAUAUUCUCAUUCUACGGUCUAAUUGACCUGACUAUGACUCCAGCAAUAACGGAAAUCAUAAUACUUGUCUCCUACUACCAUUUGCAUAAUGAUGGAAAACAAAUACGUAAUUUCGGACUUUUAUUUUUUGGAUCGUUGAGGUUCCUGAGGCUUUUCCAGACAGAGUACUUCAUAAGUAGAAGCUUUACAUGGAUCUCAGAGUUUUAUACAGUUUUUAUCGGAAUCACUGCCUCAAUCAUGGCAUUAAUUUUGUCGUUCUCUGGACUUUUGUUUCUUCUCGAAGCGCCAAAAAAUGAUAUCAACUUUUCUAAGCCGUUUGACUUUAUCUACUUCUCAGUGGCAACGAUGGCAACAGUUGGAUACGGUGAUUUCAGCCCUGUUACGCUUGCAGGCCGCAUACUGUGUGUAUUAUUUAUUGUAUUGUGUGUAACGAUAGCAGCAACGCAAUUCAAGAGGAUAAAACUAUCAACGACGGAAAACACACAUAAAAUUGGAACGGGGAAAAUCAACGAAGAAUAUGUAUUCUUUUGGGGUGCAAUUUCAGACUGGCAACUUCUGACAUUUUGCAAAUGCGUCUAUAACACAUACCAAACAUCAAUUGCGAACAUAGUUGUAGCCUCACCACUCCCACUUAAAUACUAUGAAACGGUAUAUAUGGCAGUGACACAGAACACAGGAAUAAAACUUAUCAUCUUUGGUGGAUCAUCAACGUUUAACACACCAUCGUAUAUAUCAAAGCUGCUAUUCAACUCAAAACACACUGUCCUGGUAAACGAUAUGGACUCAAAUUUAUCGCCAAAUUUCAAUGAAUAUAUUAUAAACGAUGAUAGAAGAACGAUUCUGAUCGGAAUGGCGACAUUAAACAUAUCAAAGCCGCUGGGAAUACCACUCUCAAUACAACUUCACGGCUCGGAAUACAAGAAACUCAUGUCAAAGUCAGAAUUUGAAGAUGUUUUUUACAAUAGGGACCUGAAGUACAGAAUGUUCUCGUCCAGCGUAUACUGUAGAGGACUGUUUUAUCUAGUCUCAUCGUUAUUUCACUCACCGACGAAUAUUAGCAGAAGUAAAGUCCAUGUUGAGGAAAUGUGCAACCUCUUUUUAUUAUCAGAACAACUCAAUCAAGUGCCGCAAACAAUUAAUAGAGCCUUGAAUAACUCUGAAUCAGUGGAAAUCUCAGUUUAUAACAUACAGAGACAAAUGGACGAAUUGUUUAGAGGAAUGAUGUUCCAAGCAUUCAAAAUGAAGUUCCCUAAAUCUGCACACGGAUCAACGUUUCAAGAAUUUGGAGAAUACCUAUACACUGAAAGGAAUAUAUUUCUUAUUGGGAUUGUGUUGAUGGAUAAUGAAUGCGUAUUGAACCCAGUACAGUACAUAAUAGGAGAGGAUUAUGAAAACUGCUGUGCGCUUGUCAUUGCUGAGUCAUUGAAUGACGUCAUCAGUGCGUCUACAUCGAAAUAUAACCCAGAAGAACGUGGAAUUAAAGAAUCACGAGUUUUAACUAAUAGUGUGAGAUCAAAAACAAUCUCUCAACUUUCCUUUAUAAGGGAAGUUGGGUCCCUGGGAGACUUGGUGAGGUACAGAGGUAUAUAUUCGGUGCACAGCUACUUUUACGCACAAGAAAAUAUAUUCGAAAACCACCAGUUUGUUCUAGUGUGCGGGUGGCCAUAUGAUUUGAGAGUGUUUCUAAGUUACCUUUUGAAGGACAAUAAUUACAACGUUGUAAUCUUGGCUCCAAGAGAGUCAGUUGAGGAAGAAGACCCAUGGACAUUGGAAAUGUAUAGUAACAAAGUAGCAUAUAUGGAUGGAUCACCGAUGGAUAUUACAGAUCUCACUAACGCAGGGAUCAAAGAAGCAUCAUGUAUAAUAGUAUUCAACUUUCACCAUACAAGGGACAAAGGGAGAAGAGAGAACCUAUCAAAAGAUUCGCAAGUAUUAUUUGUAAACAGACUACUACAUGAAAUAAUGGACGACGAAAAGGAAAUAAAAUCAAUGCUAAACAUAAUAUUAGAUGUCUCACACGCAUCAUGUCUGGAGUAUGUAGACCCCUCACUAAUAGUAAAUGUGGAUGUAACAUCAAAGGACUACGUCCAAAACAAGUGUUGGGAAAACUACGGAGAGUUCAUGUCCAGCUACGAGAUCGCCUCAGGGUGUAUCUUCGUCCAGGACAUGUUUUACUCAAUUCUAGCACACUCGAACUCAAAGUCCGAAUAUUCAGUAGUCCAUAAGUCAGUAGAAUCGAUGUUAGAUGGAGGAAGACUUGAGACUGAAGAUUAUAAAAUAAGCGGAGGAAAAAUAACACUGGAAAAUGUGCCCAUAACAUUCUACUCCAGAAACUUCGGAAAGCUCUUUAAAUACUAUCUGUCUGUGGAACAGAAGAUAUGUGUAGGCAUACUGAGGACAUAUCAAAUCCCAUUCGCCAACAACGACCUCAAACAAUUCAUAAUCGUGGCCCCACAGCGCUACCUUGUUAUACACCCUAACGAUCAGGUUUACGUGGUAACAAGGUCACAAGUUUUAGUUUGA